AAGAAUUCAUCAACAUCUGGCUCUACACUGGUGUUAUAUAAACAGCUAGAAUCCCUCUCCAUAACAAAAACAUUGUAAGGGAGAGAGACAUUAAGGCCAAAAUGGUUCAGGUUCUGUCUCUGCAACAUGUUGGUAAUGGGGCAGUUCUAGAGGAUCAAACAUGUUUUGAUCCAAGUGCUCCACCACCCUUUAAGAUUGCAGAUAUCAGAGCAGCAAUUCCCAAGCAUUGUUGGGAGAAGAAUCCAUGGAGGUCUGUGAGUUAUGUUGUGAGGGAUGUGUUCAUAGUCUUUGCAUUGCUCUAUGCUGCAAUUCGAUUCAAUACCUGGCUCUUCUGGCCUCUCUAUUGGCCUGCUCAAGGCACCAUGUUUUGGGCCCUUUUUGUCCUUGGACAUGAUUGUGGCCAUGGAAGUUUUUCAAACAGUCUCAAGUUGAAUAGCCUGGUGGGCCACAUCUUGCAUUCCUCAAUUCUUGUACCAUACCAUGGAUGGAGGAUUAGCCAUAGGACUCACCACCAAAACCAUGGACAUGUGGAGAAUGAUGAAUCAUGGGUUCCGCUGACAGAGAAGGUUUACAAGAGCCUAGACAACAUGACAAGAAUGCUGAGAUUCACUGUUCCUUUCCCCGUCUUUGCAUACCCUUUUUAUUUGUGGGGUAGAAGCCCUGGAAAAGAAGGUUCUCACUUCAGCCCCUACAGCAACUUGUUCUCCCCUGGUGAGAGAAAAGAUGUGGCGACUUCAACUCUGUGUUGGAGCAUCAUGCUAUGUGUUCUUGUCUAUCUAUCAAUCGUAAUGGGUCCAAUUUUUAUGUUCAAGCUCUAUGGGGUACCCUAUUUGAUCUUCGUCAUGUGGCUGGACUUCGUCACGUACUUGCAUCAUCAUGGUUACAGUCAGAAACUACCGUGGUACCGUGGCAAGGAAUGGAGUUAUCUAAGAGGUGGUCUUACAACCAUAGAUCGUGAUUACGGUUGGAUCAACAACAUUCACCAUGACAUUGGCACCCAUGUCAUUCAUCACCUUUUCCCUCAAAUUCCGCAUUAUCAUUUGGUAGAAGCGACUAAUUCAGCAAAAGCAGUGCUUGGAAAGUAUUAUCGUGAGCCUCAGAAAUCUGGGCCAGUGCCAGUCCAUUUGGUGAAGUACUUGCUUCACAGCAUAAGUCAGGAUCACUUCGUUAGCGACUCUGGAGACAUUGUGUACUACCAGACUGAUCCUGAGCUCCGCAAAGAUUCUUGGACCAAAUCCAACUAAAGUUUUGAAGCUACCUAGUUUCACCAGUUUCACAUUAGAAUAAUAUUAUUGCUAAUGUAGCUUAAUCAGAAUAUUGUUACCUACUCAUGAAAUCAAUUAGGUCAUGCUUUCAUCAACUAUAUCUUAGAAAUGAGAAUCUAUCUUUCAAUAUA